CACCCAGAACAGAACAUGUUCUCUUUCAAGUCCUGCAUUUCUGUCUUUGUUGUGUUCUCUUGUCUUUGUUUUUACAAUCUCUGUUGUUUCAGCUGGGCCUGGCUCAUUUCCAGGGAAGCCGUGGCCACAGCAAGGCUUCCAUCCUCUGCAGCAUCCAGAGAACAACAACGAUCAGCAUGUCAGAGUCGGGUGAGACAAAUCGGUGGAUGGACGGGCGCUUUGGACAUGGAGGUGACCAGCAACAAACUUUUUUUCUGCAGCUGGGUGCACCACAGGGUUCCUGUGGCCCACAGAGAGGAACUGUACCACAUCCUGAGGAUGACAGGGCCUCUGCUGCUGUCUCGAAUUCUCAAUUAUCUGCUCCCAUUUGUGGUGACAAUGUUCUGUGGGCGUCUGGGAAAUGCCGUGAUGGCCGGCUAUGGAUUAGCUUCAGCUACAAUUAACGUUACCACGGUAGCGACAGGAUACGGCCUGGGGUUGGCAUGUGACACUCUUGUUUCUCAGACGUUUGGGGGCAAGAACCUGCGGCAGGUGGGGGUGAUUCUUCAGCGAAGCAUCAUCAUCCUCAUGUUGUUCUGUUUACCUUGUUGGGGGCUCCUCAUCAAUGCUCAGUCCAUCCUGUUAUGUCUAGGCCAGGAGCCUGAGGUCUCCAGAAUUGCCCAGCUCUAUAUUACAGCCUUUCUGCCUGCAGUACCAGCCAUGUUUCUACAUUCUCUUCAGGUGUCUUACCUGCAGAAUCAGGGUAUCAUCCUGCCUCAGUUGUAUGCUGCUGCUUUGGCAAAUCUUGCAAGUGGAGCAACAAACUACAUUUUAAUUUACUGGCUGGACCUGGGUGUUGGUGGAUCUGCAGCAGCAAACACUCUGUCUCAGAUUUACAUUUGUGUUUUUCUGUUUGCCUACAUUCGCUGGAAGAAGCUUCAUGUGAAAACAUGGGGAGGCUGGUCUGUGGAAUCACUGCAGGAGUGGGGCUCCUACAUGAAGCUGGCUCUUCCCAGCGCAUUAAUGAAGUGCUUUGAGUGGUGGGUUUAUGAGUUUGGGGGGUUUUUUGCAGGGAUGCUGAGUGAAGAUGAGCUUGCAGCCCAGCAUGCAGUGAUCAUGGUGGCUUAUAUCACCUACAUGUUUCCACUUGGUAUUCAAGCUGCAGCGUGUGCUCGAGUUGGGAACGCUCUCGGUGCUGGAGACAGCAGCAGGGCGAUUCUAACCAGCAAGGUUUCACUCGGUCUUGCAGCUACAUUUGCGGUUGCUGAAGGUCUCGUGCUUGGUUCCUCGAAAACAGUGAUUGGCCUCAUCUUUACCUCUGACGAAAGGAUCAUUGGUCUGGUCUCACAGCUGAUGAAUGCUUAUUGUUUCCUUCAGUUCUUUGACGGCCUUGUGUGUGUGUGUACAGGCAUCUUUCUGGGAACAGGAAAACAGAAGAUCCCAGCUGUGGCUAACUUCAUUGGUUACUACUGCGUUGGGCUCACACUGAGCGUGACUCUAAUGUUUGCAGCAAAGCUGAGAGUUUUAGGUUUCUGGGUGGGACUGCUGGUUUGUGUCGUUUUGCAGUCCUCCUUCUACAUCGUUGUAAUCUUCAGGCUGAACUGGGAAAAAGUCACAGAGGAGGCUGUAAAACGAGCACAGAAAUCACUAAACACUCUGGAUUCCGAGGGAACCCCAGAUCGGUCAACACACGGUGAAAAACCAGUGGACGGCUACGUGUCUGUCAGUACAGAAGCCCAUGAUGGGAACCCUGAGAGGGAAGGGGGACAUGUGGUCCGGCAGCUUAAGGACAACCGUCUCUCCAUCACACAGCUGAUCAUCAGGCGCGGACUCACGGUGUUUGCAGCCGUUGCUCUCCUCGCCGUUGGAGCAGCCGUGCUCUUCCUCGUCCCUCUACCAGAGAUUCAGUCUGCAGAGAGCAACUAUACCCGCGACUGGAUCAAUGUGACAUAUAGUCCUGAUUCAAUUUUCUCCACUCAGUUGGUCCCGAGUAAAGAGUCAGAGUGAGUUGAAGCUAAUGUUGACAUUUUGUAGCCGUGCAACUGCACACUGGAAGAAUUAAAUUUUAAAAAAUCCAAAUAAAUUUCUGCUCCUGCUCUUUUCAAUGUGCCCCUUAUUUGGGUCUUGCUUAUCCUGCAGUGUGAACAUCCAUUUUAUGUUCAGUACUGGUAGCAAAAGAACCAACUCUCUGACUUUAAUGGACUUUGCUGUCAUGUGACCAAGUAAGUAAUCAGAACAUUUAUAACAAUUCCAGUGGCCAAUAUGAACAGCAUGACAGCCAGAGCCAGACCUCUUCUGAGAACCAGAGACCGAUGGGAGAGCUCAGCUUUAGGUGUUCUAACAGCCGGUGUCUCCUCAGUGUCAGUCAGGGUAAUGACAUCGGUUUGGCUGAAGGAGUCCUCUGCAUCUUCUGUUUGGGUACCUAAAAUGUAAACAAGACACUUUUAAAGAAAUUAAAAUGAAGAAUCACCUUUUUUUUUUUUUAAACAUGGACCCUCUUGUGUGAUUUUUGUGACUGUGGCAAAAAUAACAACACUUGUUUAAGAUUCCAAGCGAGAAAAAUUCAGGAAACAUCAGCGACAGCGCUUCCCAAAGUUGGGAUCAGGACCUCGCUGUGGAUCGCCAAGAAUUAUGCAGGGGGUCUUGAGAUGAUUUCCAGAAAUUGGAAUAAAAAUUGAAAAACUAUUGCUGAAGCUUUAUUUCUAGCAUUAUUGUUACAAAAACUAAACCAAAUAGUUUUAAAUGGAUAUGAGGGACCAUGAUGUAACGUCCAUAAAGGGUCCAUUUUCAUCUAUAUAUUGACCUACAUCAUCUACAGGAACAAGUCCACUAUCUAGGGGGAUUUUCUGUUCUGUCUUCUAAAGCCCAGAAGAUUCUGCAGUGCUUGUUGACAUUCCAUGAAGACGAGACUGUCAGCCCAUGUCUCCAAACAAAGCUUUCCUCUGAGAAGACUGCAGGAUUCCACACUCUGAAUGAAAAGUGAACUUUUAUAACUCAUUAAUUAAAUAAUCAUAAAUAAUCAUGAGGUUGAAUGAACCAGAUGUAAUAUGAAUAAUAAUAAUGAUGUUUGAAUAAUCUGUGCCUAAUUUAGUGAACUUGAAAUGAAUAUUAUUGCUUACAAUGAAACAUUUUUAUGUUAUGAUCAGUAAUGUAUGAUUUAACAAGUUAAUCAUUAUCUACACUCAUACACAAUGUUCAUAAGAUGUAAAUUACGGUUAAGGUCACAUAUCACAAAGGUUUAAAGAUUCUUUAUCCACAGAACAAGAACAUUUUGUAUCUGGAAGGUGUGGUUUCUGAGGGAUGUUUGGUAAUGCCGACUGUGACAGCAGUGUCUGUCACCUCAUGGACAUGGUCUGCUGGUAGUGUUUUCUGUGUUCUGCCCAGGAUGACUGGUUGAUGUGCACACAAUCAGUCUUCUGUUUAUGAAUGCAUGUGUUAAUUUUGUACUUCAAUUUGAGUUACCAGUGACUUGGAGUUUCCCAUGGAGUCUCACACCUGCAGCUCAUCUCCCCAGGAAGCCUAGUCGGCACUCCUGGGAUCUACCAACUCUCAAGGGAGGGGAUAUUCAUGUUUAUGCUUGUGUUUAAUUUAAUGUAGAUGUUUUCUGUUAUGGAUAGGAAGUUUGUAAUUAUGAUUUAGUUAUUUGAGUUACCUGAAUUGAUUAGAGUGGUUAGUUUGUGUGUGUGUGAGGAUGCGUGUGUUAAUUGUAUGUUAAUUGUUCCCCUCUUGUAUGUAGAGUGGUCUGAUCAGCCACUAUUUAAGUUGAACCUGGUGUGUCUGAAAUGUCUUUUGUUUUCUGGAGAGUGUCUUGUGCUGUGAUUAGGUUAAAGUUCCUUUAACUUUGAAGCCGCUCCAAAAAUAAAAUGGUGUUUUGAGUCUCA